UUUCCGACACGGCACCGUUUAACUUUGAACUUUGAAUUGCGCAUGUUCGCACCUAUUUAUGCCCGACAUGCAACUGAUGGUAUGGUAUUAAUGCGUGACCGUAUAUCCUGUUCGUGUUUCGUGAAGAAUCACAGGUGGCAUAUCUGAAGAUACCGAUGUGAGAAGGCAUUACAAUCUAGAUUUUCGUCGUGAAGCUCAUCAUCAUUCGCCGUAUGAGUUCAUUAUAAUUGCCCGUGCGAAUUACAGCAGAACCACACGCGGAAGUAAUCAUGCCUGGCAGCAAAGAAAACGACGUGUGUUUGUUUUACAAUGAGGCUGAUGAAGACAAAGCCAAUGGCAUCAGAAGCGAACUUGAGAAACUGAACAUGAAGGUCCAAUCGUAUGGAGAACUCAUAGCCGGCCAAAGCAAGCUGAAAUCUCGCACAUCGCUCAUACUAAACUCCUGGACCGUCGUCUUGAUUGUCACCGAUGCCUUCGUCGACAAUGGCAUGAAUGACUAUGAAACUGAAAUGACACUUAUGGUGAAAAUCGAGAAAGAAAAACGGCCCAUGGUUGUCCCGGUGAAGUAUUGCAACACGUCAAUUUUUCCUUCUUCCCUUGGAGUAUACAACGAAAUAGAGGGAAUCUCGAGGACAGGUGAUCUGAAAGCAUUUGACACCAUCGCAAAAGAAAUACAAAGGAACGUUGAAUACAACAAAAAUCAGGCUGCCAAAACGGCACAGGACAACCCUUUGCCGGAUGGAGCUCGUAAAAUGCUGAAGUCCACUUCUAAAGCACUGAUUAAGUACUUCGAAAUGGAUCAGAAGCUGAUAGAUCUCCACAAAACAUUGAAAGAAAAAAUGGAAAACAAUGCUGCAGGUGGUGCCGAUCGACAGGCCCGUUGGAUUGAGCUCAUCAAUGUGAAUAUUAAAGGGGAUUGGAAACAAGGCCGUAGCAAAGGCUUAUAUUUUGAAAAAAAUGUGAGCUCAACGAUGAAAGAUAAACAUCCCGAGGUGGUGGACGGUCUCGAUGGACCAAAGGGAUACCUCUGUCUCGCCUUCUUGGAUGAUUUCAAUAAGUGCGCCAACUUGGCUGAGUAUCUAGACCCCGAUGCCAUCUUGGAGCUUCUGAAAAGAUGCCCUGUCUUCCCUCGCUGGAAUGAUUCGCAGAGGAAGGCAUUCGAUGAUCUGAAGAAUGACCGUAUUCAAGAUGCGCACCGAUCGGUGAGCGAGCCAGCUGAGAGAGAACAGAAACUGAUCAACAGCACUGCUGACUCGGCGUUGAACGUUUUCGAGGAACUUUUGCGGUCUCCUUUCCAGGCGGAAAUUGAAGAGCUGAAGGGGGCGCCCCAAGCACAAAAUCAGUCCGAUGCACCAGAGGAUCAACAAGAUGACACCAGGCGCGGUUCUAGAACCAAUAUUUUUGGGGGGCUAGCACGGUGGAUCCAGAUUUUUUUCAGGGAGGCGUUCUACCGGUUAUUUUUUCCAGACACUAUUAUCUAUAUUUUCAAUGGAGAGCGCCUAUAA